AUGUCAUCAGCCUCUAAACAAAAACGUAUGGCAAAAAAAGCAGCCAAAAAUGCAACAACAUCUGUAAACAAUGCAUCAGCUUCUGAAAAUAAGAGCAAUAGUACAUCUUCGAUUAAAAAUAAAACUGAUCAAGAUACACCAGAUUCGAUUGCGGCAGCAGUAAACGGCUUGUCUUUGGAAUCAAUGAAGAAUGCAACUGAAAGAACUGCAACUGGUGUUUUGACCUCACAACCGAUGUCAAGAGAUGUAAAAAUCGAACAAUAUACAUUGUCAUUUUAUGGACGUGUAUUAAUUGAAAAUGCCACGAUCGAACUAAAUUUUGGUAGAAGAUAUGGUCUUAUUGGAUCAAAUGGAAGUGGAAAGAGUACAUUUCUAGAGUCUUUAGCUGCAAAAGAAGUGGAAAUUCCUGACCACUUGGAUAUAUAUUUAUUAAAUCAAGAGGCUGAACCAUGCGAUUUAAAUGCUACAGAUUAUGUAGUACUAGCAGCAAAGAACGAAGUCGCUAGACUUGAAAGAGAAGUAGAAGAUAUGUUGGCAACAGAGAAUGGAGCAGACGAUCCACGAUUAGAGGAUUUGUAUGACCGUAUUUCAGCUUUAGAUGAAACAACAUUUGUUGCUAGGGCAAAUAGUUUAUUAUAUGGUUUAGGUUUUUCUCAAGUUAUGAUGAAAAAACAAACCAAAGAUAUGUCUGGUGGAUGGAGAAUGAGAGUAGCAUUAGCCAAAGCAUUAUUUAUCAAACCUACAAUAUUGCUAUUGGAUGAACCAACGAAUCAUCUUGAUCUGGAGGCUUGUGUGUGGCUUGAAGAAUAUUUGAAGGUCAGUCAUUCACAAGAUUUUCUUGAUGGAGUUUGUAAUGAAACAAUACACUUAACAGAUAAGAAGAAAUUAAAUUAUUACGGAGGUGGCUAUUCAACUUUUAUCAAAACUAAAGCCGAAUUAGAAACAAAUCAAAUGAAGGCAUAUAAUAAACAACAAGAUGAAAUUGCUCACAUUAAAAAAUUUAUCGCCUCAGCUGGUACAUAUGCUAAUCUGACAAGCUAA